GCGGGAGGAGCACUCCGCCGGCGCCUGCUGCCGGGAUGACCCCGCCAUCGCCAUGCUGCACGCCCUCCCUCACCACGCACGCCCUGCCCCGGGACGUCGCCGUAAGUCCAGGCUGCAGUUAUGCGUUGAUGAAGGAGAGCAUGAAUGCCCACAUAAGUGUUUGGGAGUAUUAAUUCUUCUGACCUUGAAGAAGCAUCAAGACAACAAUGUCACAAGCAGCUCCGAGACAACAUCGCAUUCCUCGGCGGGCCACCACACCCAUGCCCUUCGUCGGCGCAGCAUGGGUUCUGCUCCUUCUCCCCGGCCAACUCUGGUCGCCGUCCGAGCUCUAGCCGGAGGAGGAGUCCCGGAUAAAUCCGUGGAGAUAGCUCACUCAGUAGUACGCCAGGCGCUCAAACACAUGCCCUCAGCGACGUUGUCAUCAGGUCUCAUAUAUCUAAGAUAUACAUGUCUAAUAGUCUACUAGGAAGCAUGGCAGCCUGCCAACAUGUGGUGGUGACGUAGCACAAGUGACCGGCUGGACCAUGCUCCACCGGCUGCCACCCAUGCGUAGGUGCACGAGGGAGUUGAAGCCUGAGAUAGAGAGGUUUAGAGGGAGGAGAUGAGCGGCUGGCGACCACGUACAACUGCACUCUGGCCCGCGUCACCACCUCGCCAUGCACCCUCCUGCUCGGGCCUCCCCGCCGCCCAGACCAACAAGAUGCGACAGUGCUGCCCGUACCCUUCUCCCUGGUCAGUUCCAUCGCUGGCGCCUGCUGCGGGGUGAGGCUGCCAUGCUGCACGCCCUGCUCCAGGACAUUGCCGUACCUCCAGGCUCCAGUUAUGUGUUGAUGAAGGAGAGCAUGCAUGCCCAGAUAGUUGUUUUGGAGCAUUCUCCCCAGCCAACUCUGGUCGCCAUCCGAGCUCUAAGAGGAGGAGUCCUGGAUAAAUCGGUGGAGAUAGCUCACGCAGAAGUGCGCCGGCCGCUCAAACACAUGCCCUCAGCGUCGUCAUCGUCAGGUGCAACGCUGAGACAAAGGCAGCCAUGUCGAUGCUCAUCUGCAAUGGGUGUUAGAGCCUCUUUACGUACAACCACAGUGCCACUGGAACUGUCUCAACUCCACAAGAGCAGUGAGGAGCGACGACAGGGAGGAAAUGGGCGCGACCGAGCAGGAGGUCAAGAUGGCUUCCCCAAUGUCCAUCGAGGCGGCCUCGGCGCUGCCCUUCAGGAGAUUGUCAACCUCGCCACCCAAAGUUGGAGAGGAUCAAAGGCUGAGUGGACACCCCACAGUCACAUAGAGGCGACAUAGGAGCUGUGGUACAUGUGUUGAGGCCCUUCCUCGGUCGUUUGACUUGGCCAAGGUGCUGAGGACCGAGGUCCAUGCUGAUGGCCUCUUAGAGCUUCUUUGCUGCCUGCCACUAGACACCGGGAGAAAGAUGGUGGUGGCCGCAGGGAGCAUGGGAGCUAUGGUGGCAGCUGGACGCUAGGAGCUGUCCGAGGUGGUCGAUGCCAAGGAAGAGAAUGGCGGCACAUGAAAAGAAAGGACAUGAUUUUGUCGAAAAGGGCGUCCCUAUUUUCAUCACCUGCUGGUACAAUGCGUGAGGGAAUGACUUGAUCUGGCUGUCCGAUUUGUCUCCUUGUCUCAACAGCAUGCUCUGCUUCAGCUCGCAGGCGACAUAUAGGAGCUGUGGUACAUGUGUUAAGGCCCUUCCUCGGUCGUUUGACUCGGCCAAGGCGAUGAGGACCGAGUUCCAGGGUGAUGCCCUCUUGGAGCUUCUUUGCUGCCUGCCACUUGACACCAGGAGAAAGAUGGUGGCGGCAGCAGGGAGCAUGGGAGCUAUGGUUGCAGCUGGACUCUAGGAGCUGUCCGAUGUGGUCCACGCCAAGGAAGAGAAUGGCGGCACACAAAAAGAAAGGACAUGAAUUUUCCGAAAAGGGCGUCCUAUGGUCAUCGCCUUCUGGUACAAUGCGUGAGGGAAUGACUCAAGCUGGCUGUCUGAUUUGUCUCCUUCCUUGCCUUAACAUCGUGCUUUGCUUCAGGUUGCAGGUUAUGACCUCCCUUCUUACUUCUCACUUCUGGCUGGUUUGCUUUGGUUGGUACAACAAACCGGACGUGUUUGUGGAAGUGCUUAUCAGAGAUGAAAUAUUUGUUUAUGCCUAGCCUUUGUUUCCUUUCUAGGGAUGCAUUCUUAUGCUAGCUGAGAUGCAUAUGGUUUUCCUUUUAGACUAGUGCAUUCUUAUAUAGCUUUGUGAUGUUCAAUUUUGAUGCUGCCAUUUUAAAAUUGAUUGUGGGAUUUCUAAGCAGUUGGGUAUGUACCUGGAGACAUUCAUUUGGUUGUGAAUAUCACUGUAUAGUUAGAUCAGGCCUAAUAAGUAAACCAAUAAGAAGAGAAUGUAGUUUGUGAUUAAAGGUUUCUUAAUAGUCUCUGCAAUCAAUCGUUUAUCUCCUGAUGUAGGAGUACUAGUAGCAGUAGUACCUAACAGUGCAUCUUGUUUUGUUUUAUGUAUUACUAUUCGUAGACCACACCAGGGAGGCCAUCGGUUGCUUCUCUGGAUCUUUCUAUGAAGAAUGGUCAUCAUCAUGUUUUUCUAUUUGGUUGAGUUUAGAUAUGUGGCAUAUGUCAUUUUCUUCUGAUAAAUAUGCCCACAAAUUAGCCCAUGAUGUCCAGCUUUAUUGAAGAAUUGCAGUUUUUAAUAUUUGGGUUACAAAUUUUAAUUGAGAUCCAAAUUUAGAAUAACCGUAGUUACCAUUAAUGAGUAUCACUUCUGAUGGGGUCUUGCUACUCGUGCCCACCGGCGUUGAUGUCGGCAACCUGCUCUGCCUGACCCCCUUCUCCAGAUGCUCAAGGUAUUCCCUAUUCCACUGAAAAAUCGGUUCUUUCUUGUCGCAUGUUGGGCAGAUGUUACAGGUUGCAGUGUUGUAGCUCAGUUCUGGGAGGAAGAUGAUGGUCUGUUUGUAACAUUGAAACACCACCAUGAUUUUUUUUUGUGUCUUCUAGUAGUUGUCAUCAUAUGAAUUCCUUGACAUGAUGUUUGCUAAGAAUAUGACGAGCAAUAUCUGUCUCCUGUGGGAUCGUGUUAUUUGAGCAACUCAUAUUUCUGUGUUGGUACAGUCCAAAAAUGAUACAUGAAAACAGAGCUAGGCAGGUUUGUUUGUAGCAUCUUGGCAUCAAUCAUACCUAUUACUUUUUGUCAGUUCUGUAGAUUAGAUCAGGACAAGUUCAUUGUUCUCCAACGUUAUCCAGUUCUUGAUCAAGCUUCUGAAACCCAUCACAUAUAUUAACACCUGAGCUGAUAGCUAUGAUAUUUUUUGUGUAAUAUAUAACUUCCUCAAAGCUGGUACCUGCACUGCUUGUUUUAACGCUUCAUAUGACUUCCUUUAUUUUCACCUCGGAUGUUCUAAAUUACAACUAUAUUUCUACUCAUUUGCAUGAUAAUUGGCUGAUAUGGAUUGCAAGUGAUAUUCUUCUCGUCUUUUUUUCUUUUGCUACUAUCCUGCUAUUUUCAGUUUACCAUCUUUGCUUAUGCUUAUCCAGUUGCCUCAUGUGAAGGUGAAUCUUUUAUUUGGUAGUGUUGUCGUGCAGGUGACAAGGUGAGCUUGUUCAACUGGUGGCAGUCAGAGGCGACGGAGCAGCGCGUAUGUUGUUGUUCUCCCCAUGAAGAUAUGAUGUGGAUCUGGACACUUGAACCGGCCAGCGGGACAUGCUUUUAUUUGUGAUGUUGCAGUGGAUUAAGUUCUAGUUAGCUAUGCUGGCCUGGAGCAUCUUCAACAGUCUGGAGUAUUUUACCAUUGUGGUGUAUAAUGUUUUUGCUGAAAGGUUUGUAACAAAUAGGUUUUGUUGUGUGAUGUUUGCCUUGUCGAGACAUGCGAUGGCUUAUUAUUGAUGUCCUUAAUACAAACAGUUUGGCAUUAGCUAGCUUAUUGAUGUCG